CCGGAGGCCGCUCCGGCCCGGUUCUCCCCGGGGACACGGCCCGCACCCAUCUGGCCGCGCCCGGCGCAGCCGGGGAUCGGUGGCCGCGAGGACGUCACGGCUGCGGGGUUGCCUCAGGUGAUCCGCGCCCGUGCCAUUGCACCGCGGGCCAGGGUGUGCCCGGCAAUGGAAUUUGACCCUCUGACGCACCCUCGAUUGAUUCACUCAUCCCACCACGUCCCCGAGCUUUCGCUCUCUCAUCUUCGCCGGCGGUACAAAGUGCGCGCAAGGGUUUGCCCCCUCAGGGGAGGGCACGGCUGCUGCUCUCGGGCAGGAGCAGGCAGGGACAGUGUGAGCCCGGGGCCACACGGAAACCCGGCCGCUGUGCGAGCUGCGAGACAGCGGCGGGCCGAGGUGGAGCAGGAGGAGUUAGUCAGGGGCUGAGUCACCACUGGGUUCGCCCCCGGGAUGACAUCUAAGGAUGCUUCAGGUGAAGCUAAUAAUAACUGGAGAUGACUUCGGCUAUUGUCCUCGGAGAAACCAAGGCAUUGUGGACUGUUUCCUGGCUGGUGCGAUAUCUAACGUGUCCCUUCUAGUCAACGGAAGUGCUGCAGCAGAUGCAGCAGAGCUGGCAAGGAGACACAACAUCCCAAUAGGCCUGCAUGCCAACCUCUCCGAGGGCUCCCCUGUGUGUGAGGUGCUCAAGAGGAACUCGUCUCUGCUCAACCAAGAUGGAUUCUUCCAUGGAAAAAUGGGAUUCAGAACAGCUCUAUCAAAAGGUCUCCUGAAGAUGUCAGAGGUGAAGCAGGAGCUGAAGGCGCAGGUGGAGCUGUUCCAUGAGCUGACAGGUCACCUACCUCCUCACAUGGAUGGGCACCAGCAUGUCCAUGUUCUCCCAGAGGUCAGACACGUGUUUGCAGAGGUGUUAGAGGAAUAUGGGAUUAAGUACACACGUGUCCCAAUAGAGCCAGGCCUCCAUAACUGUGACUGGAUUCCACCAUCCCUGAUGGACUUCUACCUGGGAGUAGAAGAAGAUUCUUUUAACACAGUGGAUGUGUUUACAAAGCAUGGAAUAAGGUGGGCAGACAUUUACAUCGGCCUGAGCACCAUGGGCAGGAGCAUGUCUGUCAGCAGCCUCCGCAGCGCCCUCGGCAGCGCCAUCCUGCGGCUCACGGCCGGGGCGGCGCACGGCAGCACAGCCGCCAUCGAGCUGAUGGUGCACCCCGGCUACCCCAGCGUCCCGCCCGCCGGCGGCUGCGGGCAAGGACCGGACGAUUUCUCACAGUCCUGGGAACGCCUCCACGAACUCCAGACAUUAAUUAAGCCGGAGCUGCAGAGCUACUACAAAAGCAGGAACAUUCAGUUGUGUUCAUUCAAAGAUCUUUAAAUAAACGACCAUCCAUCCAUCCAUCCACCCAUCCAUCCAUCCAUCCAUCCAUCCAUCCAUCCAUCCAUCCAUCCUCUGAACACAGGCAGUUGCUAACAGAUCACUGCUAUCAGUGUCACAGCUCACAGGAGCUGUGAACAGCCUGGGAAUGGACACCACCGCCCUGUGAGCAGCUCCAGGCAGUGUCCCAAAGCCCAGCUGCCAGUUUUAAGGCCACAUCAUCUGCUCAAAAUGUGCCAAACUCCUCCUGUGACAGCUCCUCCACGGCCUCCCAGUGCAGCACAGGCACCCAGGCUCAGCUCCUGCCAGCAGAGGAGCAGCACAGGGCCAGACUUGGCUGUGACACUGCAGCACAGCACCCUGACGGGUCUGAUCACUUCUCCUGCCAGACUGAUGGCAAAACAAGAACCGUGCUGGGGAGCGGGCGCUGCUCUGGAGCAGCCACUCGGUGUCAGUCACCCACAGGAGGCCUGGACACCUUCAGCAUUUGGUUCUCUGCCAGUCCCUGCCCCUCCUGUCACACCUGCUCACCGACAGUGAGGGCUGCAGGGACACGUCACCCUCAGAGCCUUCCUCUGUUGGGGCAGUCGGGUCACACGUGGCCCAUGGGGUCUGCAGCCACCUCAGCCGGCAGGAGUUGUGUCUCUGCCUGUUUACGUUGCCUCUUGGCACUAAGCGCCCCUAGGACAGUAACAUCAGCCACAGGCCUUUUGGAGAGGCUGCUCAUUGUUUGGAUGACUUUGCAGGAGCAGCAACUGUUGACCCAUCUGCUAUUUCAGUCACUGCUGUGUGUGAGAGCAGCAGCAACUGGUCCUGCACCACCCACUGCCCCUCAGGACAACCACGAGCUGUGCCGGGCACGAGCACGGCUGCCAGGGGAGAAGGUCCCUCUGUUUGUCCCUUUUAUUGCUGUCACCAGAGCAUUCCCACUCCAACUCAAGCCCCAGCAGUGCUGAUAUGUUCAUAACUGCAGCCCUGUCAUUCCUGUAAGGACAUUCACAUGGGGAAAACCGAUUUUAGAUUGUUUACGCUCAUUCUCUGCACAACAGUGAUCUAUUUAACAUAAUUGGUUUUGUUAACCUCGUUUUU